AUGGCUGCUGCCACAAAGUUUUUUCUCGUCACUGGUCCUCCGGGAGUCGGCAAGACAACUCUUAUAAUUCGUGUUCUCGAGUCCCUCCAACAAUUGAAUCCCAGCUUCAAAUUUCAGGGGUUUUACACUCGUGAGGUUAGAGAAGGGGCCCAAAGGGUAGGGUUUGAAGUGGUUACUGUUGGUGGUCGCAAAGCUCCGCUCGCAUCCACCCAUAUUUCUAGUGAAUCUCAGAGAUGGCCCAGUGUGGGAAGGUACAAAGUAGACAUCUCAUCAUUUGAAUCACUGGUUUUACCCGAGUUGCAGGUUCAAGGGGAUACCAAUCUUUUCAUCAUCGAUGAAGUUGGCAAAUGGAACUUUUCAGUUCGUCAUUCUUCCCUGCUGUGUUAA